GCCAAACAAAACAUUUCCUGCGUGAAAAAAGUAUUUGAGAAAAGAGGACGACAAAAAGGUACAGGUGUCAAUAUAUAAUUGGAUUAAACAAGCUUAGACACCUAAAAGUUUUCUCUCACACCAUUUGUGAAGAUCCAAAGCAAAAGAAGAAUUACAGAAACUGAAAAAACUAUCUUCCUCGUCUCUUUGAUCAUUCUCUUUUAACUCAUGGCGAAUCAAGGAGCAAAGAAGAGGAAAGAUGAGAACGCUCGACACAUGGCUAAGCUCCGUCUCAUUAUGAUCCUUUGCAACAUUUUGUAUGUCCUAGUGAGGGUUAUAAUUUCGCAUUCAAGUCAUACCUGGAAAAAUUGGAUUGGUCUUGUGUUAACAUCGUUAGGUUACGGGAUUCCAUAUAAGCUUCUUCAUCAAAUGGCAAAGCCUAGUGUUAGUGAUGCUGGUGAACUUCUUGAUGGUGGAUUUGACAUGAGCACUCCUGGAAUGUGUGGAUAUUUGCAUGAUGUACUCUACAUCACCUGCUUUGUGCAGGUCGGAUCUAUCAUCUCUGGAAAGUUUUGGUACGCGUAUUUAGUGAUCCCUGCAUUUGGAGCAUACAAAGCUUCUGGUCUUAUUAAGGGACUAUUGUCACAUGGUUCAGAGGGAGGUGUUGAGGAUGAGAAGACUCGCAAAAAGAGGGAGAAGAUGGAGAGAAAAGCUUCUAGAGGACAAGUCGUUAAGACAAGAUCUCGAUGAAUGUCUUAAACAUUCAUCUUUAGCAAACACAAUUAGCAAAUCUUUCUUCAAACAUACAAAAUGCAAAUCAAUGGGUAAAUACUCUUGACUUUGUAAUGUACCUGUCUUUACACUAUUUUGACUUAAUGGAUGUGUUAAGAUGAAGUAGACUAAUAGUCUUGAGUAGGAUACAGUGAAUUCUCAUAAGAUAAAAGACUUUUGCUCUUUGGAUUAUGAUGAUGUUAUGACUUGUGAGCCAUUAGAC